UCACUCAGAUUGUUCUUCGACCUGUGUUUAGCUUAGCUUCGCUAAACUCUACCUUCAAUGGUCCAGUUUUGAUUUAGACCACCUUUAAUCCGGUUAAUUUUAUAGACAGGCGCGAAGUAAAGCCGGACGAACACGUGUGAGCGCUGACAGUUCACGUCAUAUCUUUAAAGGAGGGUUUUUUAUAGGUUAGCGGUGAGUUUAUGUGUUAGCUUGAGCUGAUCUUCAGUCAGAACUGCAAUCAUGGGCUCCAGAGCUUCAUCUUUACUGAGAGAAGAAGACAUUGAGGAAAUAAAGAAAGAAACUGGAUUUUCCCACAGUCAGAUCACUCGUCUCUACAGCCGCUUUCACAGUCUGGAUAAAGGAGAGAAUGGAGCGCUCAGUCGAGAAGACUUUCAGAGGAUUCCUGAGUUGGCCAUAAAUCCUCUUGGUGAUAGGAUAAUUAAUGCCUUCUUCCCAGAGGGUGAGGAUCAGGUGAACUUCAGAGGAUUCAUGAAAACGUUGGCUCGUUUCCGUCCAGUGGAAGACAACGAGAAAAACAAAGGCCCACCUUCAGGCGAGCCUCUCAACAGCAGGAUGAACAAACUGCUCUUUGCUUUCCGGUUAUACGACCUGGACAGAGACGAUAAGAUCUCCAGAGAUGAGCUGCUGCAGGUGCUUAGGAUGAUGGUGGGGGUGAAUAUUUCGGAUGAGCAGCUGGGCAGCAUUGCAGACCGAACGAUCCAGGAGGCGGACACUAAUGGAGACAUGUGUAUCUCCUUUACUGAGUUCACUAAGGUGUUGGAAAAAGUGGAUGUCGAGCAGAAGAUGAGUAUCCGCUUUCUGCAUUAAAGGCCGAACAAUCCUACACGCUGAUUGGACAAUAUCCGUGUCAGUAUAAAUAAGACACACCCCCUGACUCUACUCCCUGUGGGCUGAUUCGCCCUUCACGCUGGUCUCUCAGCCAAUGUUAAUCGCAGUGUUAAACGUGAUCACUGUUAUUUCUCAGAUCAGCACUCGCUCUUUAUCUUGGGUUACUUUGGGACUAAAGGGAGUGUCCCGAUGCCUUCAUGUCACAGAAAUGUCUUUUCUCUCGUAUUUUAAAAUUGUAUUUAUUUCAGAUUUAAGUUGAUAGAUGUCAUUGAUAUUGGCUGAUGUAAUGUACCAAUGAUGUCAUGUUUCGCUCACUCUAAUCGACAUCUUAAAUGCCAAAUUUUGAUGCUUCUGUAUAAAAUGUGUUCUUGAGAAUUUCCGAAAAGAAGCGGCUAUUCUUUGAUUUUGAUGGAAGUCAAGCAUAUCUUACACACCGUUGUAGCUUUUUAACAGAGUGGAGUGAAAGUCAGCACAGGAAAUGGCUUAACAACUUCUGAGCUCAAGAAACGAAGACCAAUCUUGGCGUUGUACGUCUUUAAAAAGAGUGAUUGUGUGCAUAUUUCCUUUUGAACAUUAAGCCUGAUAUUGCAGUCUUGUUCUGGGAAUUCCAAUGUGGCCAACCAUAAAAACAAUGAAAACUCUUGCACACAUUCAUGGUUAGGUGGUUUGCAAUUAAAUGAGUACAUGAAUCUACAGAUAUUAAUAGUACUUUAAUUCGAGAAGAGGCGUAUUGUUUUUCGGGGGGGGGUUAGUUUUCUGCCAUUUUUAAUCCCAUAGAUUUGCAUUUACAAAGAGAGACCUGACUCAUAUUUAGGGACCAAAACAUUUAUUUUACUUGGUACAAUGAACAAACCACAUGGCAGCAGCAUAUGUUGCUUAGAUCACAGCGACCAUUUACAUUUUUCUUAGUCUUUUAGAUGCCUCUGGCACAGAAAUAACACAUAUUUAUAGCUCCAUUGUAGUCCAGUGAUUUCAUGAAACCAAACAACAGUUUUGUGUUUGCGUAAUAUCCGUGAUUUGUUUGAAGUGUAAAGUGUUCCAUGAGAAGUCAAAACAGUUCCCAUAUUAAUUUCCAACAUGUUUGUGCUGUCAGGCUCACAGCCUGGGAUGAUCUGAACUGUUGUGGAAACGAUAGUCUGCUGCAUUUUUUUCCGCUUUUUGUGUUUGCUUUAUAUGAGCAAAAUCAAAGUUGUGUGCGUCUGUGUGUGUCCUCUGUGGAUUUAGGCACUGUUGAUUAUCUGAUCAUAUGAUAAUAAUGAAAUCUAUGAAUCAUUUACAGGUACUUGAAAUAAAGUGCAGCAUUUCUUGCAGAUUCUUGUUGAAAAACUGAAUUCUCAGUUUGAAUUGUAGUUUCACAGCUUUAUGGACUGGCAGAAAAAAUAUAAAAGAUUAAUGAGCUAAUCGAACACUUGCUAUGUGAAGUCUGUGAUGUGUCAUGUAUGAUUGUCAUUCAAAUAAAAACAAGCGCCAUGAAAUGA